CAGCGGUGUCCCCGAUGGCGGUGGCAGCGUCCCCGCAGUGUUUUCGUCCCCCACGUUGGCGGCGUUCCCGGGGCUGCAGCCCCUUCCGGCAGCCGCGUCCCCAGCCGCGGCGGUGCCAUCCCGGUGCCACGUCUGCCCGCAGUGUACCUGCGCAAGCUGGCGGACGAGGAGCAGCCGCUGCGACUGCGGCUGCUGGCAGGGCCCAGCGAGAAGGCGCUGAGCUUCGUCCUGAAGGAGAACGAGAGCGGCGAGGUGAACUGGGACGCCUUCUCGCUGCCCGAGCUGCACAACUUCCUGCGCAUCCUGCAGCGCGAGGAGGACGAGCAGCUGCGCCGCGUCCGCCACC